CAGGAUCUCAUUCACUCCCUCCCCUAAACGCUUUUAUUCUCUCCUUAAUUUCACUUUUCCUACAUUUUACUUUUCCUGUUUACCGAACACACUCCACUUCUCUCUCUCUCUCUCUCACUAUUUCUCUUUCCUUUAUGUUGCUUGGUUUAGCUCCUCCUCUUCUUUGUUCCACUCCUUGCUGUCACUGGAAUUUCCAACACCCCCUCCUCUGCCUUCAGUUCUCUGCUUUGAUGGUCCAUGCGCACUAAGAACCUACUCUUACACUAAUCAUUGGAGGUGUUUUGGGUUGAAAGCCUAAUUAUUAACACUGGUGAAACAAUGGACCAGAAAACAUGGCUUUGGAGGAAAAAGGCUACUGAGAAGAUUAUUCUUGCAACUGACAAGUUAAACCCGUCACUGAAAGACAAUGAAGAUGAGAUACAGACACUGAAGGCUGACAGAAGAGAAUUGGAGAAUGAACUGAAAGUUUUGAAUAACAAGCUUUCUUCCGCACUUCCUGACUGUAAUUCCAAAGAUGAAGUUGUAAAGAAACAUGAAAAGAUGGCAAUGGAAGCUGUUGUCGGCAAGGAAAAGGUAGAAGCGGAAGCAGUUAUUCUAAAGCAAGAACGGGAUGAAGCUUUGCAGAAGAGAGCUGCUUGCGAAGAAAGGCUAAAUCAUCUUGACACGGCCCUCAAGCAAUGCAUGCAGCAACUACAGUUUGUUCGGGAAGAGCACGAGCAAAGAAUUCAUGAUGCCAUAAUGAAGGCUUCAAAAGAGUUCGAGAAAUUGAAGACGAUAUUAGAGGCACAGUUGGCGGAGUCUAGCAAAAGGGUUACCAAGUUAGGAGUUGAGAAUACGAAUCUAAGUAGGGCUCUCUUGGCAAAGGAAAAAGUGAUUGAUGAUUUAAACAACCAAAGGGCUCAAAUGGAGACUGAUUUUAUUGCACUAAUGGCAAAAGUAGAGUCUACAGAGAAAGAAAAUGCUUCUCUGAAAUAUGAGGUUCGAGUGCUUGAGAAGGAACUUGACAUCAGGAAUGAAGAGAGAGAAUUCAAUCGCCGCACAGCUGAAGCAUCACACAAGCGACAUUUAGAAAGUGUGAAGAAAAUUGCUAAGCUAGAAUCAGAAUGUCAAAGGCUCCGUCUCCUAGUCCGGAAACGACUGCCAGGUCCUGCUGCCUUGGCUAAGAUGAAAAAUGAAGUUGAAAUGCUGGGAAAGGAAUCUAUUGAAAUGAGUAGGAGAAAGUUAAAUCCUAGUCCUACCAGUCCAGGGCGUGACUUUGUGGUCGGCAAUUAUUCAGACAGUCCGAGGAAGGGAACUAAUAUCCUAAAUGAGCAGUUAUGUGCUAUGGUAGAAGAAAAUAAGGCUCUCAAGGAAGCCCUUAAUAAGAAAAUGAAUGAACUUCACUUCUCUCGAGUCAUGUAUGCAUGUACAGCUUCCAAAUUAUCCGAGGUUGAGUCUCACACUGAAGAAUCAUCAAAAAGUGAAGUAAACAAUGAGGCAACCAGGAAUAGUGCACUGCCACAUGAGGUCUCUCUAGCAUCCAUGUCUGAUGUUGGCAGCGAUGAUAAAGCCAGCUGCGCAGAAUCCUGGGCUUCAGCUUUAAUUUCAGAACUGGAGCAAUGCAGGAAUAGACAGUUGAGGGAGUCGCCAUUACGUAAAACUGUUGGAUCUUCAGAAAUAAAUCUGAUGGAUGACUUUGUCGAAAUGGAAAAGUUAGCUUUAGUUUCUGCUGAUCAAUUUUCUGGAAAUUCUCAUGUUUCUUCGGAUGAUGCUAAUGGGACCCUUGGACCUAUGCAAACUGGGACAAGUGGAAGUUCCUUGGAGGUAAUAUGUAAGGAGAUAGUCCCUGUUCCUGACAGUCAGCCAGACCGUAGCAUGUUGAACAAUGAAAUGAAGUCUGAAAGCCCAUUGCUUAGCAAAGAGUGUGGCUGGCUUCGGGAUAUACUUAAGGUGAUCUUGGAGCAAAACCGUGCAACUCAAAGAAACCCCAAUGAAAUACUUGAGGAUAUUAGAAAAUCUUUGGCCUGCAUGAGCUAUCCAAACACCAGUGAAAUGUUUGAUGAAAGGGAGGGUUCAGACCAUCCCAAUGGCUUCAAUCCCUCCUGUAUUAGUGGCUACAUCGCAUGGAAACCCUCAAAUGGUUCUUCAAAGAUGGAUUCAUCAUCUAAUGGGGAUGCUGAUGUUAACAUUUGCUCAGACAGGAAGAGCGAUCCAAGCUUUCAUCCUGAUUUGAGUAAAUCAAUUUGCAGGAUAAUUGAGCUUAUUGAAGGGAUCAGCACAUCAUCAACAGAUAAUAAUAUCCUGGAGUCCUUAUUCAAAGAGAGGAAUUCCUUGUCAUACAAGCACUCUGAAACACCAUCGGACUACAUGGUUCGUGUUUUCCAGUGGAAAACUUCUGAACUUAGUGCUGUUUUACAGCAAUUUGUGCAAGCUUGUUAUGACCUGUUGAAAGGAAAGACAGACCUCAACACAUUUACCCAAGAAUUGACUUCUGCUUUGGACUGGAUCAUUAAUCAUUGCUUUUCCCUUCAAGAUGUUUCAAGCAUGAAAGAUGCAAUUAAGAAGCAUUUCAACCGGGAUGAAUCACGAACUGAAAGUGAAGCAGAAGUUGGAAUAGUCAGUCAAUUUGUAGAGGCAGAUAAAUCACACCUUGCUGUUCCAAAUGGAAAUGAUGACUUCCUUCAAAAGAAAGAGACUAGUGUGACAGAAGAAAACCGAAAACUAAAAGAUGAAUCAGUUAACAAGGAAACUGCAGAGAAAGAUCUAGAAUAUAAGCUCCAAUCAACCACAGAUAGGAGUGAUUCUAUAUCCAAUCAACUUGAGGAAUCUGGAAAAACCAUCGCAAACUUGCAGGCAGAGUUAGAUACUUUGAGAAGAACGGAGGAAAUGGUUGAAGGUCAAGUUGAAAAGCAUGAACCAACGAAUGAAAACCCUGAUGAUGAGCUCUCAUCAACCAUAGUUGAACUAAAUGAGGCUUGUCCAAAGUCUCCUCAAGAUCUGAAAUCUGAGAAUAAAAAUUACGGCCAUGAAGAAUUGGAGGUCACACGUCUUGACAGUGUGACAGAAAAGGAAAUACCAAAUCCUGAAAUCAAGCACCACGAGAACCAGUUUCGAACAGUAAGUUCAUAUCACAUGUAUGCAGGACUGGGAGAUCGCAGCUGCUUCAGAAAAGUUGGCCGAGUGCCAAGAGACUAUAUUAAACUUGGGAAAGCAGUUGAAAGCAUUGGCAUCUACAAAGGAAGCAGUCCUUUUCGACAACAUUGUUUCUAGUCCAACUUUGACUGCAAUCCCAACUCCACCAAGGAAGAAGAUGACGAGCCAAAGAUCAUCUCUACUAGAUCAGAUGAUAGCUGAAGAUAAUGCUGAAACGAACGAUCUUGCAUCUCCUAAGUCCAAAGAAAAAGGCAAUCCGACUUCAUCUUUCAUCUCUAACAGGACGGUAGCACCUCCAGACAGCAUUGCUGUUUUAAGUGGAGAGAAAAUCCAGGAAGACAAUGCUGUGGUGAAAUCUUUAGCAAUCGUUCCUAGCAAAAAACAAGGUGGGAGUUUAUGGAAAAAGCUCUUGUGGAGGAAAACAAAAAGUAAGAGCAAGAAAACAUCUCUUCCAUUUGCUUCAUAGACAAAAAUAAUAAAGUGUUGACGAAAAGGGGCUCUCGAGCUUUUGUCACAGUUUUUUAAUUUUUGGUUUUUCUUUCAUAUUUUGUGUGGAAAUGAAUAAAAUUCCGGCUUUUCACUGGUCAAA